UGAGGAGGCGAGCCCCGGCCCAGCCGGGCCAUGUCAACCGACCCCGAGCUCAUUGAGCUGCGGGAACUGACCCCCGCGCGGCGCCCAGGCCCGGGCCGCACCCGGCUGGAGCGCGCCAACGCGCUGCGCAUCGCUCCGGGCCCCACGCGCGACCCCGCACGCCAGUUGACCCCCGGCCGCGGACACCGGUUCCAGCCCGCGGGGCCAGCCACGCACACUUGGUGCGAUCUCUGCGGCGACUUCAUCUGGGGCGUGGUGCGGAAGGGCCUCCAGUGCGCUUAUUGCAAGUUCACCUGCCACUACCGUUGCCGCGCACUGGUCUGCUUGGAUUGCUGCGGACCCCGGGAUCUGGGCUGGGAGCCGGCGCUGGAACGGGACACGAAUGUGGAUGAGCCAGUGCCAUGGGAGACCCCUGACCUUUCUUCGGCUGAGAUUGAGCAGAAGAUCAAGGACUACAAUGGGCAGAUCAACAGCAACCUCUUCAUGAGCCUGAACAAGGAUGGCUCCUUCACAGGCUUCAUCAAGGUGCAGCUGAAGCUCGUGCGUCCGGUUUCUGUGCCCUCCAGCAAGAAACCACCCUCCUUGCAAGACGCCCGCCGGGGCACGGUGCGGAGCACAGCUGUGAAGCGUCGGACCUCCUUCUACUUGCCCAAGGAUGCGGUCAAGCACCUUCAUGUGCUUUCCCGCACGCGCGCACGAGAAGUCAUUGAAGCCCUGCUGCGCAAGUUCAUGGUGGUGGAUGACCCCCGCAAGUUUGCCCUCUUUGAACGGGCAGAGCGCCACGGCCAAGUGUACCUCCGGAAACUGUCCGAUGCUGAGCAGCCCUUGCUGCUGCGUCUCCUCGCCGGACCCAGUGAGAAGGCCCUUAGCUUCGUCCUGAAGGAGAAUGACUCUGGGGAGGUGAACUGGGACGCCUUCAGCAUGCCCGAACUGCACAACUUCCUGCGCAUCUUGCAGAGGGAGGAGGAGGAGCACCUUCGACAGAUUCUGCAGAAGUAUUCCUAUUGCCGAAAGAAGAUUCAAGAGGCCCUGCAUGCCUGCCCCCUGGGGUGAUUGCUUGUACCCCUGGUGGAAGAAGGGGAGCAGGCAGCGCCAACGGCAUGCCGUGUGAAUGUGACAGGGCCCUGGUGGCCUGAAGAAUGAGUGUGCAUGGAGGCCCUCUCACUGGGGAACGAGCGCAGUGAACAGAAGGGGCUGGCCCUGUGUCCACCGGUGGGUGUAGCAGAUCAAGGUGCUGCACUCUUCAGCCCUUGUGUACCAACCAGGUCAGGGUGGGCCAGGGUUAUCCUGGGAAGCUGCUCCAGGCAGCAAGGGUAAAGCAGACAGAAAUAUCCUUAAUUUGUAUCUCAGAUACAACAUUCUGGGAGACUACAACACAGUGGGAUUAUGUUUGCAGGGAGCAGGGAAAAGUUUGUUUUGGUCUUGGAUGGAGGGGCAGUGAGAGUAAAGCCAGGGGGUGAGUCAGGAUAAGGCUGGCACCAAGAAGCGUCUCACUGGGCCAGAGAGCUAGUACAGGGGGUAAUGUCCUUGCCUUGCUUAUGGCCAGCUCUAGUUUGUUUGGUCCCUGGCACUGCUCUGCCAAGAAUGAUUCCUGAGCAUAAUUGGGGUUGCCCCCCCUCCAGCUUUUU